GCAACCAUUACAAAAAAAAACAUUUAAUCAUUUAUAUCUCUUUUCUUCACCAUUCUUAUAUUGUCCACAGUUUAAAUACUAUCCACACAACAGAGAAAGGUUGUUGAUCACCAUGGAAAUGACUAGUUUUCUUGGAACCACAUCAUCAAAGUCAUUCACGAAACCCAUCAUUAACAGCAACUUCUCCGUUUCAUUACCAGUAAACACAUCUCGACGCGCACUCACCUUAACAUGUUUCAAUCCCAAACCUUCUUCACAAGAUGAAAACAACAACAGCAUGCCAGCAGUUCAUGCUGAUUGGAGGUCUUUUAGAGCCAAGCUGGUCACUCACGAACGAUCAUCAAAACCACACGGAAAAUCAAAUUUGACGAUGAAUCAUAAACCCGUUGAAGAACAUCAGGCAAAUGCAACAAAUGAAGUCUCAUGGGCGCACAUUCUCCAGGAACCCGAACAGGGUUGUUUGCUUAUAGCCACAGAAAAACUCGAUGGGAGCAACAUUUUCCAAGCAACGGUGAUCUUAAUCCUGUCGAUCGAUUCAAAUUUCUCCACGGGGAUUAUACUCAAUAAACCAUCAUCAGUGACAAUGUCAACCGUUAUAGAUACAAUGGAUGGACCGUUAUACUUCGGUGGACCAUUAGAUGAAAAACUGGUUUUGGCAAGUCUCAAGAAGAAUAGUGAUGAUGAUCGGACACUAGCCAGUAGUGGGUUUUUUGAGGAAGUGAUUGAAGGCUUGUAUUAUGGAACCAAGCAAGAAAGUUUGUGUUGUGUGGAUGAAAUGGUUAAGAGAAGUGAGAUUGGAGUUGAAGAUUUUAGAGUUUUUGAAGGGUAUUGUAAGUGGACUAAUAAAAUACUAAGAGAUGAGAUUAGAACCGGACACUGGAAAGUUAUAGCUUGUAGCCCGAACAUAUUUAGUCCACUUAAUUCUGCAGAAUCUAAACACAGAUAUGGAAACACUUAAUUCUAGAGCCAAAUUAAAUUUUCUAGAGAUGAAUUCUCAUAGUUACCCCACUUACAUCCGAGUGGGGGAUUUUUCUUUCAGUUUUGUGUCUAGUUUGUCUAGCUACCUGGAUUGGUAGGUAGCAUGCCACUUCUUGUUAAUCUUAGGAUGAAUGCUUAAUGCAUGCACACCUGAAGUCAGGGGAUUUGUAUUUGCAAAAAAUGGAAAGUUUCAUUUACCAUUCAUUUAGUAUGCAGAAAAGACCAUUUUUGUUUCUA